GAACAGCAUUUGCGAAACACCACUAUCCUACAAGAGCGGCAUCUCCGGACAAAGUACAUGCAGACGCGUCAGCGGGACAUCGGGUUCAGUUUGGAGUGGAUGGGGCAAGAACAUCAGCCGGAGGAGCCGGAUCAUAGACAGAUGAUAACCAGUGAUUCGCAACUCUUUGCGCAAUUACUGGACUGUCAUCAUGCGCAUUUGGGCAACGUGAUUCCUCCAUGGCACAGACAAAUGGAAUACUAUUCCGACGUCUUUUUUCCUAGUGGUGGAAGCAUGGGGAACGUUAGCUUCAACUUCGACUUGUACUAUGGUCUUGGAGCAGCAGUGAAGAUCUUUGCAAUAUUUGUUGUUUUUCAGAAGUUUCAGUGGAAGAAGUGAGGGAGAUUGAAUGGCGUGGUACUACCAUAGCUUUCUAUCCCCUCUCCGUAUUUCAUCUUGAGUCUUGUAUCUUUUACAACUAGUUUUUCUUGUUCUCCAUUUCCUAUCUACACCGUUUCAUACUCCCCAACUUGCGUUUAUGCAGCGGUAUAGUGGGACGCCGCAGCGCUUUCCCAAGUUCGAAUCUGAAAUUCUGACCGUGGCAGAUCCUGGAAAAUACGUGCGUCACGUUCGCGCUCUAGGACAAUUGUUUUCGCCAAAUGUGGCGCUUAAACUCGAUUUACCAUCUUCUUUAGAGUCUGCAUCGGGAGGUGGGGAAGGACAUGAUGAUACAUUAUCAUCCUCACAGCAGAAGAUUGAUGAGUUGGUGUAUGCAAGUGUCGACUUUUCUGACACAGCUUCUGACAUGGAGGAAAGGAAAGAGAAGACGAGCAAGGAGGAGGCAGCCAAGGUCAUUUUGGACAAACAUCGUCGACAAGAGACUCUUCGAGUGUGGGCGUCAGGCAUGAUCACUGGAAAAGAAGUGCCUCGAGAAUUUGCGUCAAAGCUGGCGGAGUCGACGUAUCACCGGUUGGCCACAGACAUAGCGCAGAAAUCAGUAUCACUUAUGAAAGACAGUAUGAUUUCUGAAGGCUGGGAUCAGUUAGUAUUGUUUCUCGCAAGUUUUUAGAAAUACAACUAGAUACUAUUUAAGUUGCUUUGUAGUUCAGACUUGCGAUUAGUAUCUAUCUGUUUCUCUUUUCAAAAGCAGUAACUAGUCAAACAGCCUCCUCUAAUCUGCGUAUCGCCGACAUAGUUUCAGAUGAUGGCACCUGGCAAACUGAAAGUUGGAUGUUUCAGGGAUCUCGGCAAUUCGUCCACGUCAACAGCCUAGCUCAGUGUGACCACUAUUGCGCUUUGUAUUUCACUUGCGUCUCAUGGACAGUGGUUGUCCAACCUGGUACUGUGGUAGAGAAGGAGGAACAAAUCUUGGAGCCAAGGGAGUACCAUAAAAAGAUGAGACGUAAGGAGACGGAAGCCUACUUGCGGAAAAAGCAAAAGGAAAAGGCAGUUGACCACACGAACAUGGAGAACAUGGAGUCUGCUCAAGAGGAGGAGGACCAAAUUUUGAUCCGCGACAGACGUCGUUGGCUGUACAAUGAAAUGAAGAAUGCACCCACUCAUGACCGUGAAGACUUACACAAGCUAGUAGGUUCGCAACUGGAUUUUCGGUGGACGGCGAUUGAAGACGGUGCUUUGGACCAUGACGAGGAUAUGAUCCGAAAGUUAAUGCUUUUUCCCCAAAAAGCCACAGGACUUCGUUGUUUUCUCAAGCGAGACGACAUCAAAGCAUUGGCAAUUGACACGGCUUUUGAGAGUAGAGUGGAUUUGAAACCAUUGCUAUUGUCAGAGGAAGAUCACGGUGAGGAAGAACAAGGUUCAACAUCGUCGAAGAAGCCAUUUGCACACAGUCGUGUCCGGAAUGAGAAUGUUCCCCUGAAAUUUAGGAGACAAGACGUCGGACUAUGGUCAGAACUGCAGCUCGGAAGGCGUACUAGCAAGCGACACUACUUCAGCGGAGUGAAACUGAUCAAUAUGCCAUUCCAGUACGUCUACUUGCCGACGGGACAGAUGCACAAGACGAGGGCAAACAACUAUUAAGAAAGGAUCUACCAAGGAAAGAUCUUUUAGGGGUGUUUUAGAACACCUUGGUUGAAACCUCUAAUAACACUUUUCGCCAUGGCGCUCUCGGACAACCAUUUGGAGUAAUGAGCCUUGCUAUCGCGCACGCAUGCAAUCACCGCUGACACCAAGCUAUCGGGGGGAUCUUACUGUUUUAGGAAGUGGCGGGAAGCGAAUUUUAGUGAGAGAUUGCGACACGGCUAUCACUGCGGAGAUAGUUAAGCGGAGGCGGAAGUAUAGUGGUAAAUGAUUUAGAAGUCAACAGUAGAAGCCGAAAUUAAAUAACCUGGAUCCGGCCAGCAGAAGUGAAUCUUGAAUAUCAACGCCAGCAGAAGCGUACGCGGAAGGCAAAGUCCCUUCUUGACGAAACCAGCAGAAUUCUUAGUCCUAGUUGAAAACCAGCAGAACCCUGUAUUGAUUUGGAAGCCAGCAGAAACC